UACCCGCAAUCGGGUAUCCUCACUGUGCCAGCUAGAUGACCGUUUUGUACCUGCAAGGCCGAUAUAAUCGAAGCUGUGGACUCUCUCGGUUCUUCGAAAUACACGCUCAUGUCCCGAUUUCCAAGCCCGCCUGACUAAGGUAGUCCCCCUUCUCAAUCCAAGCUUUACAGAUCAUAGCAUAUACGCACGUGUUUUGACAACGCCUCUCUCUACACUAUCCCACGCUCCGCUCAUCUUCACAACCAAACAACCCCACGUUGCAGGUUCCUCUUGCGAUGGAUAGUUCAGGGCGGGCUAGUAUAGUGUAGUAUAAUCUACCGGCCGCUCGUGUUGCCGCGCCAAUCCUCACAGAGCUCAACAGUCGUCCUUGUUAGGCACUCUCCUCCUGGAGCCGACAUGGCGGGGGUAAUCUGAGUUCAGAACCAGAUAUCAGACGGCGAAGAACCCGCACGCUUGCCUGCCUGGCCGCCUAGCAUGUCCGCUGCACCUCACACGCCCUCUUGGCCAUGUCUUCCGAACGAGCCUACCUAGUUGACCUCUCUCAACCUUCUCUCUAUCUCUUCCCCGUUGGUUCCCCGCAGGUGCCUUGUGCCGUGCGUGCGUGCUUACCCGGGGGCCUAGGCCCUGUCCAAAGUCCUCUGACAUCAGAGUAAGGCACACAACAUAAGAUGGACGUCUAUUGCCAGGAGCGGCGGCGGCAGGCACCGAUAGAGGAAGUGUGCCUGGGAGCAUGAAAGCCCCGACAUCGCAAGGUCGUACGUAGUAUGUAAAUCGUAUCACAGUUGCGCCACUUCCUGCCUCCCGUGAAAGGACUCAUAGAUGCAUGGCCUGCAGGUGAUAGCUCAUUCACACAUUGUCUUGGUGCAGUCAACGGGGGCCAGAUGGCGAGAUGGAUGCUGCAUACUAUAUAUAGCCUGCAAUAUAGUGCAAAAGUCAAAACCUAUUGGGAGCGGGAGAGGCUCCUUACAACAGCCACAUUACGCUGUUUUGCGAACCAUUCUAGGGGCAUUUCGUUGCCAAAGGGUGGUCCAGCAUAUGAUCGACUUUUUUCCUUAUCAGACUAUGCUAUGCCAAGACUAUCCAGUCAUUGGGAGAGAGGGAGUAUCCGUAAGGUUCGAUUGGUAGGGCUCUAUGGGUUGCGAAACGCUCUGUAACGCCGUACCUGCGAGGUAUAUCUGCCUUUUUUUUUGUGCCCAUAUCCUGUCUUGCCUUUUGGGGGUUGGGCUGGGCGCAUGAGGGAGCGAGGGGGGAGGUAUGUAUGCAUGGCAACAGCGCACUUAGGCGCGGCCGGAUGUAAUGACAUAGCAGAUGUUCUGUCCGUCGCAUCCGAUCAAAUGGCACCCGGCGCGUGGCCUAUGAAACUAGGUACUCUGUUCCUGGUUCUUACUGGAGUAGGAUUGGUACAAACGGGCGGAAAGAAAAAGAAGAAAAAAAAAUAAACGAAAAGGACAAAAAAGGUUAGGAAGGGGGCAACGUCGUUCCUUGAACGGAGAGAGUUGGACGGACGGGUCAUUGCGUCCCUUUUGAUACCUCGGCCAUGCGUCCGUCUUCCGAAUCGAAUAUCGGAAUUCGAUAUCGGAAGUCGAUAUCGGAAGUCGAUAUCGGAAG